AAUUGAUCCACUGUUGACACCUUUACCCAAAACCGUUUUCUGCAUUUCUAUCAACUAUUUUAUCUUUUAAAAACUGUGUCUUGGGAAUCUUUUAUCGGAACUCUUUUAUUUUACAAUUUUUCUUAUGAUCAUGCCUGAAAAGGUUUAUGAGUUGAUCCAAAUAUGUGUAAAAACAUUUACCUAAUUUUUACCUACAAAAAUAAAAAGCAUUUCCUUCAUCAACUUUACUUUCAAUUUUAAAAUAAGAUCAAAGUAGCCCAUCGACAUUUUUGAAUAAAAAAAACCUAACCUUUGUACCCACAAGACAAAUAGGCUUUUAGAAAAUCCAUUUAGUAAAGCGAAUUAGCAUUCGAAUAAAAGCCCAAGUCUCAGCACAAGGAAAUUGGGAAAUUGAAUUUAUUUAAAAAAAGAAAAACCAUGGAUUCUCGUCACCCAGCCUCCAGUGAACACCAAGAUGAAGCCUGCAAAGAUUUACCUCAAUGUAAAAUCAAAAGAAAUUACUCCUGCAUACAUUGUUCGUAUUUCACCCAAAAUCCUCGCUUUUAUCUCUCCCAUCUUCGAGAUACCCAUGGCGAGAGGAUAACCAUCAGUAAUUGCAGCCUCUGUUUGUAUGCAUCUCGUCACUAUCAAAAACUAGUCCGUCAUAUGAAGAUGGUUCAUGGAUCGUCUGCCGAAGACAUCCCCGGACAAUCACGAAAGCGUCCUCUAAUCGAAGAAGUUGUGUCUUCGGAUCACCCAGCUCUACCACCGUUGCCAAUUCCAUCCAAAUGGAUUAUCGAUAUUGAUAAUUUGUCCUAUGAUUUGAAGUCAUCUCGUAAAACACUCAAGGACUUUGCAGCUAUUUAUUUUGCCGAGAAUGAUUGCGAUGAGAUUUUUAAGAAAAUGGAAGAGAGUGAUGUUGUUGAAGUAGUUCCAUUCCCAAAAGGUGAAGCCCCAACAUCGAUUGGUGUUUCUCUUCAAAACAUCUUUGGUGAUCCAAAAUGCCUCGAAGUUGUGAAUGGUGAAAAGAAGACGAAAUGUGCUUGUGGGUAUGUACCUAGAAGCUUCUUGGAUUUAGUCGAUCAUGAGAAAUCCUGCUUCGAGUCCAAAGAAAAAGAUUGUGAAGAUACACCUUUGGAUCUCAGCGUCAAGUGGUCAAAUGAGGACGUUCGGUCUUCUACUCCGAAGAAAGAAUAUGAUUCGAAACCCGUUGCUGAAGAUUUGAAGAAAAUAAAACUCGGAAGUAAAAUUGAGGAAGAACAAUGGAACACGGAGCUUCAAGAUAAGUCUCUGAACGUUGAUAUUCUGUCAAAGGAAGCCACAAAACCAAAUGGUUCAAUUUUUAAAAAAGUCUUUAAAUGUCCUCUCUGUCCAUUUUGGGCUUUAACUGCCUCCCGAUUCCACGUUCAUAUGGUUGGCCAUCAAAAUAAAAAACAAUUCAAAUGUUCCAUGUGUGAUUAUUGUUCCAAUUGGCGUUGGGACAUAACAAAACAUAUUCGUUUAAGGGCAUUCCGAAGUACAACUCAUAAGAAUGCUCGAAUUGUGAUGCAAGGUGAGAAUGAUCAUCGUAACUAUUCGAAAUAUGAUAGGUACAUAACCUUGAUGGAAACCUCGGAGCAAGAUGAGCUCAGAAAAUGUGGUGAAAUGACCUCAAGGGAUUUGGAUUCCCAAGUGAUGCUGCCAUGGAAAGAAAAUGAAAACGAUAUAAUUGAGGAAACAAAAUUGACUGUUCCCAGUCCUAAAAAGGUCCAAGUUCCAUUUUCAUCGGUGGUACUGCCACCGAAUAGUAAUUGUUUUUCAAAAACAACUUCCAAACAACAACAUCAUCCUCGGAGUUAUGUGAUUUUUGAGGACACAGAUGAACCACUUUAUAAGUGCACCCAAUGUCAGUUCAGCCAUCCCAAUCGUGAUGCAGUUUUAGUGCAUGUAAAAAUUCAUCAUCAGGACUUGCUUAUAGGUUCAGAGGUUCCAACAAAAUUGACAAUAACUCCUGCAGCAAGUUAUGAAGAUUCAAAAGUUAUGCCAAUUGAGAAACAGACUGCUCAGCCCAUUAUUGUUGAUAUUGAAAAUAAGAAUGUGGACAAGAAAGAUUUGAAGCCUUCUCAUGAUUCUCUUGUUCCGAAUCCUUCAAUGAGUAACGAACAUAGAUCUGAUCAGAAUAUCAACGAUAGAACUUCAAAUUCAAAUAACGAGAUUUUUGCACCUUUUCGUUGUUGGCAUUGUCAUCAAGUAUCUAAUUGGAAACAUGUUAUUCAGAGACAUUGUCGUCUUAAGCAUUCUGGAUCGAUUCGUAUUGAAGCCAUUGAUCGAAGUAUCGAUCCCAGUAAUCCCACUUACCGUUUGUUGAAUCUUUUAUCAAGUUCAUCAAUUUUAUUAUCUGAUGAAAACCAAACAGACCAAAAAGUUGACAAAGUAUCAAACCAAAAAUCCGACAAAGAAAUUUAUACCACGAUGAGCGAUUUAAGUCUGAAAGAUUCAAACAAAUCUCAAAAGACUGUUAAAAGUUCUGAAAAAGACUUCAUGAAGUUGGAAUGUAAAGAUUCUAAGUAUCAGUUGAAUAAACAUCUUGUCCAAAAGCAUAAACCAUCAUCAUCAUCAUCAUCGAAUUCCGGUCCUGAAAAUUUUCCGAAAUCAUCAAGUGAGACAGAAAGUAAAAACUAUGAGAUUUCUGAUAAACUUGAAAAAUGUCAAUAUUGCUCAUUUGCAAGUAGUUGCCACUCAGCAAUGAGAUGCCAUGAGCAAAGUCACUACAGAAUUUUAAAACAAAACAAUACUCUAAUCGACGAUAAUACCAUCGACCCUGAUUUCAAACAAACCGAAAUUUUGACUGGAAAAACGGAUCAAAGUGUUGUUGAUACUAACUUACCUUUGGACAAAAGUUCUGAGGUAAAUCAUGAAAUGGAUACAAAUCAUAAGGAGAUAAAAUUGAAAAUUAAACACAGCAAGGUGGCUGUGACGACAACGGUAAAGUCGAAGACCACGAAGACUCCCAGUGUGAAUGUAAACAAUAACAAAAAAACAUGCAGUCUAAAGACUAUUCUUGUAAAUCCUAAAACUGGUCAAGUUGUACGAAGGAAUUAAUUUUGUUUUAUUACUUUAGUAAAUAAUUUUUAUAAAU